AUGACCACUCCCACCAGCCCUCCGCGCUCCUCGACCCCCAGCAGCUCCUUCCCGUCUCCUCUCGAUGUGCCCACUGGCACCCAUGGCGCCCCCAGCGUCAUCUCCUCGCGCAUGACCGACAUAGCCUCUGAGGAUGGCGACCCGCAAGAACUCCCACAGGAUCCACAAAUGCGACGCGCCUCCCGCGUCUCUGGCAUCACUGGCCCACCUGGCGAGUCUGGACUACCGCCGUCGCGGCCUUCGUCUGUGUCGACAACAGGCAAUCGUCGGACAUGGUCGCGAGCCCCGCCCUCGCGCGGCAAUGCUGGACAAAAUGCAGGCCCAGGCAGCACCAACGGCGGCGCCAACCGUCCACCUACAUCCACGUCGCAAAGCAAGUCGCACGUCGCCGGAAUCCAGCAAUCGGCCUUCUUCCGGCCCAUGAGCGCGCAAAGGCUCCAAGGACAACGAGGCCAGCGGCCAGGAUCCAUCAUGGGACGCAACUCGAUUUCGCACGAUGGACAGAGUGAACUAGGUUUCAGCUCCUACCGCAACAGUAUCACUUCGGUGCCCAGCCAAGCCCACAGCAACACUCAGGAUCAAGAAGGACGACCUCCCCCAUCUCCUGCCACCGAGUUUAGCGAACGCGAGUACAUGCCCGACCGCACGACGGCAAACACCACGCCCACUGUUCCUGAUACGGUUCGUAGCCACGGCGAAAGCAUAACUCCUCUGCAGCAGCCGCCAAGGACCGAGGCGCCUUCGCAUCUGGAUUUGUCUCGCGUAAAUAAGUCCGGUGCUCUGGUCCCUCCCGAAAAGAAAUCACCGCGGUCUUUUCGGUCUAGCUUCAUGCUCCCCAGCCGCAGCCACAACUCCGGCUCCGUUCGCCCACAAGGCCAAGGCCAUGAGAAGUUGUCUUCAACUGCGUCAUCGCCAAGACUACACCCCCAGGACGCUGCCACGGACAUCACCAAGACCGAAAUUCGGAGGGAGAUGAGCAUGGGGAAGAACUAUGAGUAUUUCACCGGAAAUACCGUUUUCUGCUGGGGCGGUAGACUGCAAAAUACCAGGGAUCGGCCUAUCAGCAUUGGAACUGCUUUACUCGUUGCUGUUCCUGCAAUUCUUUUUCUCAUUUUCUCGGCACCAUGGUUAUGGCUUCACGUUUCACCAGCGAUACCCAUUCUGUUUGCGUACCUCUUUUUAGUUUGCGUUUCUUCCUUUUUCCAUGCCUCCCUUUCCGACCCUGGUAUUCUCCCUCGUAAUCUCCAUCCGUUUCCGCCGCCAGAUCCUUCGGAAGAUCCGCUAGCCGUUGGGCCACCCACUACCGAAUGGGUGAUGGUCACUUCAGCCAGCUCUCAGACAGCCGCCAUGGAGGUCCCAACAAAGUAUUGCAAGUCAUGCAAUAUCUGGCGCCCGCCCCGCGCACACCACUGCCGUGUCUGCGACAACUGCAUUGAGACGCAAGAUCACCAUUGCGUGUGGCUGAACAACUGCGUCGGCCGCCGCAAUUAUCGGUACUUCUUCGUCUUCGUCAGCUCGUCGACUCUUCUGGGUGCCUUCCUAUUUGCUGCUAGCUUGGGCCACCUCCUUGCCUGGAUGGACGAAAAGCCAGGCCGGAGCUUUAGCGAAGCAAUCUCUCACUGGCGCGUUCCUUUCGCCAUGAUGAUCUACGGCAUCCUCGUUACCUGGUAUCCUGCCUCGCUUUGGGGCUAUCACAUUUUCCUGAUUGCCCGUGGUGAGACGACACGCGAAUAUCUCAACUCUCACAAGUUCCUGAAGAAGGAUCGCCACCGACCCUUUACGCAAACUUCUCUUUGGCAGAACUUUUCGGCAGUGUUGUUCCGUCCUCGUCCUCCGACGUACCUCACCUUCAAGCGCAAGUACGAGGAGGGUGACCAGCGAUUCGGUGAGCGUCGCGGAAAGCGCACUACCCCGCUCAGCAAAGAGCAGCAAGGUGGUGUUGAGAUGCAAGAUGUUAGCGGCCGCGCGACGGCUACAGCCGAAGGUCCACCUGGCACCAGCGGUGCUGCAGUCCCAAGCUUCCAGGGCCCAAGCAGCAGGGCUCGAACGCCGCCCACGAACAAUAAUAGCACACCCAGAAGCCCCGCGGGCAGUGCUAGUCACGCUUGA